AGAGACUCUGUCUCAAAAACAAAAUAGCCAGGUCCACAUGGUGGCAGACAGUUGUAGGCUAGCUUUUCAGGAGGCUAAGGGAGGAGGAUUGCUUGAUUCCAAGAGAGUUCAGGGCUACGGUGAGCCGUGAUGGCACCACUGCAGUCUAGCCUGGAUGACAGAGUGAGACCCUAUCUCUUGGUGGGGGGUGGUAAUAAUAGUUUUUCUACUGAAUACCUAUCACUGUUGCACCAUUGUAAAGUCAAAACAAUCAAAAGUCUAACCAUUGAAAUUGGGACAAACUUAGUUAUUGAAAAAUAGACUUUGCUAUUAUUCUCUCAGAACGUAUUGCUAAAAAUGUAUUCUAUGUCAUUUGGAAUUAAGCUGAACUGAGAUGACAUACUUUGAACACUUUUUAACUUGCUGCUGGUCAGUCAUACCUUGACUUUAGGUACUGUGUAAGGAAAUGUCUCAAGUCCCUAUCUUGGUUAGAAAAGGGGGUUUCUUAAGAAAUACGUGGCCAUCUCAGAGCUUCUGCAUAUCUUUGAGAGAGGGGAGUCAAGAAUUUGACCAACAGUUAAGGUCCUUUUUGGCUUCUGGCCAAUCUUGGAAGAGAAAGGGUUUCUUUCUGGACUUGAUUCCCUCAUCUGAUAGAUUCCUUCUGUUCUCUCACAGCUUUCAUUUCUUGGACUGUGCUGAUUAACUCCAUCUACAGCUAAAAAACAAAUCAGGGAAUGGGAGUUAGAAACUGCUAUCCCUGGUGUGACAUGGUUUCCAGGCAGAAUGCUGGAAAGGUCUUGGCUGAUUUCAGGAAACUGGUCCCAUCCAUGGACUCCCACUCUGGGGAGCCAGAGCUCCUUCCCUGUAGGACCUGUGACAUGGUUUUCCGCUCCUCAGCUCUGUUAGCCGCCCACACACAGCGCUUCUGCAUUGGCCACCCGACCCAAGAGAUGACAUUUGGAGCACAGGCCUCAGUUGACACUGAACUCCAGCAGGCUGCGGUUGUACCACAAGAACUCCAGGGCCUCCCAGACCAGCAGACCAGUAAAUCUGCUCUAAAGAGUUUAGCAGAGGAGGUGCAGUGGCUGCGGCUGUCCCUACAGGAAAUGUGGCCCUGGAUAACAGAGGUCCCCAGGGUGUCCGCGCGGCCCUGGGCGCAUUCCGAGGCGCGGCCUCAGAGCCCCUUGUCCAAGGCGGUGGGAAGCCCCAGCGAGCGGCUGCGGGCGCUGCUUAGGAGUCGCGCAAGGCGCGUGGUGGAGACGGAAGCUCAGAGCCGGGCCCUGCAACGACGCGGCGAGGAACUGAGCCAGCGCCUCCAAGGUGUGGCGCGCCCAUGGGGCGGGAUGGCCCGCCUAUCUGUCCUGGAGCGGGAGAUUCGGGAACUCCGAGCUGAGGCCGGGCAGACGCAGGGAGCUCUAGAGGUGUUGGGGGCCCGCGUUCAAGAGCUGCAGACGGAGACAGGCACCACACUGAACUCCGGGCGAGAGACAGAACUCUAUUGUCCAGUGUUAAAGGCCAACCCGGGAACUCUGGCUGCCGAAAUCUGGGCCCUGCGGGAGGCCUACAUUCAAGGUGGAGGACGGGACCCCGGCGUGCUGGGCCAGAUGUGGCAGUUGCAGGUGGAGGCAUCAGCACUGGAGUUGCAGCGGUCGCAGACCCGCCCAGGAAGGGCAGGUGCCUCCUCAGGGGAGCUUCCAGUAGUGGAGGCUGAAAACCGGCGCCUGGAGGCAGAAAUCUUCGCCUUGCAAAUGCAGCGGGGUCAGGCACCCUUGGGGCCCCAGGAUCUGCGACUCUUGGGAGGUCCCAGCCACCGACUGAAGGGCAGGAGAAAUCCCCCACUCCUCCCACCGCCGCCGGUGGCACCUCCGCUGCCGCCACUUCCAAGCUUCAGGGAGCCACAGCUUCCUGGAACAAUGACCAGAAACUUGGGCCUGCACCCAUACUUCCUCCUGCCCACAUCGGACGUCCUGGGCCCUGCACCCUACGAUCCUGAGGCUGGCCUGGUCAUUUUCUAUGAUUUUCUGCGGGGCCUUGAGGCUUCCUGGAUUUGGGUGCAGCUAAGGACUGGCUUGGCAUGCAAUGGACAGGAUACAGAAGGGACCACAGCAGUGCCCCCAGCCCUUUGCCUGCCCCCACCUCCCGCUCCCGGGCCCACGGGCAACUGUGCCAUCCUUGCUAGCAGGCAACCUGUGCCCAGACUGCCACCCUCACCAUCAGUAUCAUUGGUCUGUGAGCUGCAGGUCUGGCAGGGGCUGGCAUGGACUAGGGCACCACAGCCAAAGGCUUGGGUCUCACUUGGGCUAUUUGACCAAGAUCAGCGGGUGCUAAGUGGCCGCUGGCGCCUCCCACUUCGGGCCCUUCCUCUAGACCCUAGCCUUAGCCUUGGGCAACUGAAUGGGAUUCCUCAGGCAGGUCAGGCUGAGCUCUUUCUGCGGCUGGUAAAUGCAAGAGAUGCAGCUGUCCAGGAACUGGCAGAGAUCAAUCCAGCAAGUGUCCAUGAGUACCAGUACCCACCUCUGGUAUCCAGCACGUCUUCACUGGAAGCCAACUUCUUCACCCCCACAGUUGGGUUUGCUGAUCCCCUACCUCCUACAGAAGAGCCCCUCAGUGGCAUCAAGAGAGAUGAGGGUUUGGGCCUUCACCAGUUCUGACUUGCCCCAGUGAGUUUCUGAACCCAAGUGAAUAAGGGGAUGAGCAUCUGAACAUACACAACUGGGGCCUAGAUGGAGGCCUAUUUGCAGACCUACAGCUUUACUACUUUAUGUUCUGACAUUGGGUCUAGAAGCAACUAGCAGCUGAGUUGAGAAUAUGAGCUCCAACCACAGCUUUACCAUCAUCUCCCCCAAGUCCUUAAUUUUUCUAUACCUCUUCUGUUUUUUAUAAAGCAGACUAAGGAUUAAAUGAGUGGUCAGGUAUUUAUGCUAUUGUCUGGCACAUAUACAGGUGACUAGGGGGCAUUCUUUAAUUCCAACGAAAGUUUAACUAUAAAUUCCCACUGGUUUUUUGGUAAAGCCAGUUUUAUCACCAAACUUAUUCAAAUCUGUUUCCUCAGUACUUCUGCCAGGAAACCUUUCAGGUUGCUCAAGAUACCCAUAAACAGGAAACUCCUGCGGCCUUAUGUACUUAGAUUCUGGGAUAGGGCCCCAGCCUAAGGUUGUUCCCCCACAAGGGUUACAUGUGAGACCUAGAUAAAAUGAGAUACUGUGCCUAGCCCUAGUUCCUAGUGCCAACCAGAGGUGGUCAAG